AUGAGCGAAACAAACGGUUCCAUCCCGGUCAACAACCCGGAUAACUCUAUCCGCAGUCCCCGGGCGGUAUGGUCCCUCCGAUUCAACCGAUACAACCCCCUCAUCGAAGUAGACGCCUUCGACGUCGCGCAUCCCAGCUCCCCUCCCCCACCCUACUCCCUCACUCCCCCACUCGACGCCCCCGCUCCUCCACUGGAAAUCCCCGAUCCACCCCCUUACAUCAUCUGCUCCUGCAGCUCGCACGAACACCGUAAAACCCUCCUGGAUCUCGGUUUCCACUCCGAAAUCUCCCACGAAAUUUGGAAUAAAUGGCAGCUGCACAAAAGCCAACACCCAGAGGUCUACCAGAACCCAAAUCCGCGGUUGCUCCUCUAUUACUUUUUGUCCUUUGCCUUCCAAGCCACACAACUCUCAUCCGCGUUCCCGGGGUACGACCCUCGUCAAUUUAACGCGGGAAUAGGCGCGUAUUUGUUUAGGUGGGAAAUACCUUAUACCGAGUAUUUUACACGAGAAUGGGACGAGGCGCAAAGAAUAGAGAGGUUCGCUGAUGCAGCGGCGCAAUGGACGGUUUUAACUGUGACCAUGCACUGCUUGGGCCACCCUCCACCGAGAUAUGUUUGGACUGAGGUGGAUAAUCGUCGAUUCAUUGACUUGUGGUGUAUGGCGAGAGCUGUGAGAUCGGUACUAUGA